AUGCUCACAUUAAGGCCGCUUUGCGGUGUUUUCCUACUCACAAGUGAGUUUAUUUUAUUAAAAAUUUUUUUGAUUAGACGAAAAAAUGCUAGAAUUGUGCUAGACGUUGACAACUUUACAGUAGUUUCAUCGGCCCCGUCUAAAGCCUCGCUAAAAAUCGCAGUCGUGGGCGAAGGCGUCAUCGGUUUGAACACGGCUACGGCGAUUUUUGAGCUUGCCCAGGAGCGCGGAAUUUCACCACCGGUUGAGUACAGUAAUGAAAAAAAUUGAACACUCAAUAAAAAAAUUAGUGAUUUUUCUUUUUUUAAAAAAAGAUUAAAAAAAAUUAAAAAAUAGAAAUGAACCUUUUUUUCACUAUCACGUGACGUCACAGCUGAAAAAAAUGACAAACUCCAUAAUUCAAAUUCAAAUUUGUCGCAAAAAGUUUCCAAUAAAAAAAUAAAUAAGAAUAAAUUUUUGAAUUUUUCAAAGAAAUUUUUUUAAUUCUUUUUGCGCGUCCCCCGAAUAGUGUACGCGAAAUUGCGUCGCUCUGCUUGCUUUUGUGUUUUUUUGAUAAUACGACAAAAUCUCAAGUCCGCAAAUCUCGAGGACCGUAAUCUUGUGUACGCAGAUCUAAAGUCCCAUAAUCUUGGAAACCAAAAUCUUGGAGACCAAAAUCUUGGAAACCACAAUCUUGGAAAGUAAAAAUCAACGCUUUUGCGAAUAGAUUUUAUCAGAAAUUGUAUUCGGUGAUCCAAAGAAGAGAAUAUAAGUAGAUAAAGUGCAAUAAAGAAGACUAAAAAGGAAGAUUUUUGCUUUCCAAGAUUGUGGUUUCCAAGAUUUUGGUCUCCAAGAUUUUGGUUUCCAUUAUGGGACUUUUAGAUCUGCGUACACAAGAUUACGGUCCUCGAGAUUUGCGGACUUGAGAUUUUGUCGUACCAUCGUUUUUUUUUACAAAAAUUAAUUUUAUGGUUUUAGAAAGAAUAAUUUUUCCCGUAAUUGAGUUCAGUCCAAUGAAAUCAAUGAAAUGAUGUUUCUGCAACAACGCAUUUUCAGUCGAUCGAGAUUUUCCACAACAAAGAUUUCAAAGACAUCUUGAGUAAAAACAUUGCCGGCCUUUUCCGAGUCGACGAUGGAUCUGAUAUUAACAAGUUUUCCUUUUAAAUGCUUCUCAUAUGAAGAAUAUAUUACUUAGGAAGUAUGGAAGAGACACCUUCACUCGACUGGCGAAGUACUGGCGUCAACACGGCGGACGAAGUGGUGUUCAACUCGUUUCAGGACACAUAAUCAGCGACAAUCCGGAGAAACUUCAAGCUCAGGUAUACUUUUUUGCUUGUUUUCUUCGAGAGUACUUCCAAGAUGAACUAAAAUUUUUUAGAGGAAAAACUACGGCGAUAUAGUGUACAACUACCGCGAUCUGGACGACCGAGAGCUUCACGGACCUGCUUCUCUCUUUGAUUUCCCACUUAACAGGUUUUUUUUUACUUUUUUGGCAUACCAUUAGCUGUUCUCAAAAACAGUUCGUCGCAAGGGAUCCACUACACGGCCUUCACUUCAGAGGGGCUCCUUUUCUGUCCUUUUUUGAAGAAGGAACUCAUCGCCCGAGGCGUCAAAUUCACUAAGCGGAACUUGAAGAAUUUGAACGAGGUCUUUCGUUUUCAGAAAACUUGAUUUUGAGGAUUUUUGUUAGCUUGGCACCAAGUUUGAUGUUGUCGUCAAUGCUGCCGGACUGUACGGUGGGGUUCUGGCGGGUGACGACGCUGGAAACGUCUUUCCGAUUCGAGGAGUCCUUCUGCGGGUUUGAAAAAAGAUCCAUAUUUCACGUCAGCAAAAAUUUCCAGGUGGAUGCUCCAUGGCAAAAACAUUUUCUCUAUCGAGACUUCGGAACCUUCACUAUUCCAGUGUGAGUUCAGCUAUAACCCCAAUGAGUACUCUGUUUAUUUAGUGCGCUCAAUAGGAAAUUUUGCAAGUCUUUUCCAUUCAAAAUCAAUUUUUUGUUGAUUAUUUCUUUUCGGACAGCUGAAUUCGAUUGUAGAAUUCAAAAAUCUUUGCUGGAGGAAAUUAUCGUAGGCUCACUGCGCUAAGGCAGCGGAAAAACGACUUUUUUUUGACAAUUUUACGACAAUUUUUUCUGCUCAAGAUUUUUUGUAACGUUUCUCCCUGUUAACAGCCCGAUUGAAACUAGGCCGAAAGAAUAUGAAUUUUGUUUUAUUGAUUUAAAAAAAGCACAAAAAAUAGCUACGAAAUCAGGAAAUUGGAAAAGGUUCAGGAAUUUGAAAUGAGAAAAAUUGCAUAAUGCCGUAUUCAAAGUAUUUCCGCGAAAUUCUAAACAUCCGUCAGAGGAAGAAAAAGAUAACUAAAUUUUGGAGAGUCAGAGAUGAUUUUGGAUUUCGAGGAGAUUAAUUUGAACACGAAAUAAGUCGAGAAACAGCAUACAAAUUUUGAGACAACUGACCAUCGUGGAAGAUAGUUUAUUCUUUUAAAAAAUUGGUUUUUUCGAUCCGUUAUUCAAAAACGAAACUGAUUAUGAAACCCCUUUGAAAAUAUAAAUCCAUCAAAACUAAAUAUCUCUUUUUUUUAUUUGGCAUCCUUCAGAAUCGAAGGUGUCGCCGUAGGCACUGUGAAGCAGGUUAAUGAGAUUUACCCCCUCGAAGUCACGUCCAAAGACAAAAUCGACAUUGCAAAGCGCUACAUCGAACUCCAACCCUCCUUCAAAGUAACCUUUUUUUCAAUAAGCCUGUAUCCGUUUUGAAAGUCUCUAUCACUCUUUUUAGGACGUCCAAUUGAAAUCUAGCUAUAUUGGAUAUCGACCAGGCAGGAAGUCGUUGCGCGUCGAGAAACAGGAGAGAAGCGUCGGCUCCAAGAAGUUCAAGGUAAGAUCGGUUUCUUGGACAGCCAUUCUCAUGAACAGGUGGUCCACAACUAUGGACACGGCGGAAACGGCUUCACCUUGGCUUACGGUAGCGCCUUGCAUGCGGCUCACCUCGUCUUGGGUCUCGACACGGCCGAGUACGACCGAAUCGCCCCUCCAACUGUUCCGCCAAAUUCCACCCUUCCAUCCUGGGUUUCUGUCCUUUUCCCAUGA